ACAUGCAAGAUGGCCACGCAUCACAGGCAAAAUGCUGCUGGGCGGAGAAAAGUCCAGGUGUCCUAUGUCAUUAGAGAUGAGGUGGAGAAGUAUAAUCGAAAUGGGGUGAAUGCACUACAGCUAGACCCUGCGCUGAACCGGCUGUUCACUGCUGGGAGGGACUCUAUCAUUCGGAUAUGGAGUGUCUACCAGCACAAGCAGGACCCGUACAUUGCCUCGAUGGAGCAUCAUACAGACUGGGUUAAUGACAUAGUUCUCUGUUGCAAUGGAAAAACAUUGAUAUCUGCCUCAUCAGAUACAACAGUCAAAGUAUGGAAUGCACAUAAAGGCUUCUGUAUGUCAACGUUACGAACACACAAAGACUAUGUCAAAGCUUUGGCUUACGCAAAGGACAAGGAGCUUGUGGCGUCAGCGGGUUUGGACCGGCAGAUCUUUCUUUGGGAUGUGAACACACUAACAGCACUCACUGCUUCCAACAACACUGUUACCACCUCUUCACUAAGUGGAAACAAGGACUCCAUCUACAGUCUGGCUAUGAACCAGAUGGGCACAGUCAUUGUAUCUGGAUCAACAGAAAAGGUUCUGAGAGUGUGGGAUCCUCGAACAUGUGCAAAACUCAUGAAGCUAAAAGGUCACACAGACAACGUCAAGUCUUUGCUGUUGAAUCGAGAUGGCACUCAGUGCCUGUCGGGCAGUUCAGACGGGACCAUCCGUCUGUGGUCGCUCGGCCAGCAGAGGUGUAUUGCCACCUACCGGGUGCACGAUGAAGGGGUGUGGGCCCUGCAGGUCAAUGAGGCCUUCACACACGUCUAUUCUGGGGGCAGGGACAAAAAGAUCUACUGCACUGACCUGCGUAACCCAGACAUCCGUGUGCUCAUCUGUGAGGAAAAGGCCCCGGUGCUCAAAAUGGAACUGGACAGAUCUGCUGACCCACCUCCAGCAAUCUGGGUCUCCACCACCAAGUCAUCCGUUAAUAAAUGGUCUCUAAAGGGAAUGCACAACUUCCGAUCAUCAGGGGAGUAUGACAACGACUGCAGUACCCCUCUGACACCACUGUGUACUCAGCCAGAGCAAGUCAUCAAAGGAGGUGCCAGUAUUAUCCAGUGCCACAUUCUGAAUGACAAGAGACACAUACUCACCAAAGAUACCAACAACAAUGUGGCUUUCUGGGAUGUCCUAAAGGCUUGCAAGGGUGAAGACUUGGGGAAGGUGGAGUUUGAUGAAGAGAUUAAAAAGCGUUUCAAGAUGGUCUAUGUGCCAAACUGGUUCUCUGUUGAUCUGAAGACUGGGAUGCUCACGAUCACACUGGAUGAGAGCGACUGCUUCGCUGCCUGGGUGUCAGCAAAGGACGCAGGGUUUUCGAGCUCUGAUGGAUCCGACCCAAAGCUAAACCUGGGUGGACUGCUGCUGCAGGCUCUGCUGGAGUUCUGGCCCAGAACUCGCAUCAACCCCAUGGACGAGGAAGAGAACGAGGUGAACCAUGUGAACGGAGAGCAGGAGAACAGGGUCCAGAAAGGAAAUGGAUAUUUCCAGGUGCCACCACACACGCCAGUCAUCUUUGGGGAAGCAGGAGGCAGAACUCUGUUUAGGUUGCUAUGUAGAGAUUCAGGUGGAGAGACUGAAUCCAUGCUGCUGAAUGAGACAGUCCCACAGUGGGUUAUUGAUAUAACUGUAGAUAAAAAUAUGCCCAAGUUCAACAAAAUCCCGUUCUACCUCCAGCCCCAUUCUUCCUCUGGUGCAAAAACCCUAAAGAAGGACCGUCUCUCAGCCAGCGACAUGCUCCAAGUGAGGAAGGUGAUGGAACACGUAUACGAGAAGAUCAUCAACCUGGACAACGAGUCGCAGACCACCAGCUCCACGGCCAACGAUAAGCCCGGGGAGCAGGAGAAGGAAGAGGACAUGGCCAUGCUAGCUGAGGAGAAGAUUGAGCUAAUGUGUCAAGACCAGGUUCUGGAUCCCAACAUGGACCUGCGAACAGUUAAACAUUUUAUCUGGAAGAGCGGAGGGGACUUGACGCUUCACUAUAGGCAGAAGUCCACGUGAAAGUCAUGAUUUUUAAAACAAGAACUCUUCGUCAUUUGCCAAUCACCACCCACCUCUGACAUGUAGUACCCUAAACCCCAUUGUGUGGUCAAGAGUCGCAGUAUCAAUGAGAAUCCAGUAAAAUUUGUGAGGACGUGGCUCAUGGUGUAUCAUAGGGAACUGACCAGAACAGGCCGGAGCAGCCAACAGACACCUGGGAGAUAAGUGGUCUGUAUUGUUUUGUUUCUUUUUUUUUUUUUUUUUUUCUUAAUACAGUUUGAAGAAUGGACUCUUAACAUUUUCUCCAGCACUACACUCAUUUCUUUUUCCCCCCCUUAUUUUUACACCUUUGACUGCUGUUUCUUUCUUUCCUCCUGACUGGCAUUUUGUUUUGAAGCGACCAUGUUUGUGUCUGAGUGUGUAUGCACAUGGAUGUAGUAGACUAUUCUAGUACAUUCCAAAAACUGUCCGUGUUCUACAAGCACUCCACACCUGUCUCAGCAGUAUCACCAGUUUAGGAGUACACUUUGGUCUCUGACUAGCAUCACAGUCCCCUCAAAGCAGUCCUCAUCUGUUCUGUUGUCAACGUUGUCCAUCUUAACUUGGAACUUAACCUUGGCUUAGACAUUUAAUCAUUGAACGGAAGAACUUGUCUUUGUCUUUUCUGUUUAGCUGUGCUGUUCUCAGUGGACUGAAUGUUCUGUUUUUUUGUAAAUAUGUGAACAACAUUUUUGAUUUUUUUUUUUUUUUUUUUUGCAGCAGUUAUUUUGUUGUUGUACAGUUUACUUAAAAACCAAGUUAUUUUUCCAAAACCCUAGAGCACAUUUGUGGUCUUGAAGGUAAUCUGACUUGGAUGUUUAAAAAAUUGCAUUUGAUGUGUUCACUACAACCCAGAAAUUGCAGUUUAUUCUUAAGAAUGUCAGUAGUCGUCCAAGUCAUCUAAGCGAUCGGGAAAUUAUAUAUAAGGUAUAUAUCUUUAACAAUAACUCAUGCUUACUUGCUCUGUGCUUGGCUCAUGAGCAGCGACUUUGCUGACAGUGAGGGCUGUUCCUAAUGUAUAUUUCGUUUAGACUCAAUAGGAGUUCAAUGAAACAUAAAUAUAACUUGAAGGGGAAUCUCAUCCAAGAGAAUAUAUGAACAUUCAACCACUGUGGGAAAUUCACCAAAGUGAAAUAAAGGCUAAUACUCAUUUCUCUCUUAGUGUGUCACCAAGCAGAACAACAGAUCCUUUCACUGUAAAUUUUCUGGAGUUAAUUUUGCCAUGAGGAGUGUGUAACGCUGUAGUGGGGGACGCAUCGAGUGAGCUCUAAUUGGCCAAAAAAAAAAAAAAAAAAAAAAAAAUAGGAUGGGUACCGUAAUUAGGCCAUAACACUGCAAUAUCCCUGUUGUAAUAAUUUGUGAAAUAUGUAUAUUUUAGGCAUUCAGAGAAAUAAAUUGGAAUGGUU